UUGAGCAUUCUCAUCAUACUAUUACCAAACUCAAACAAAAUACUUCAAACAAAAAGCACCAAACCAGAACAUCAAAAAGUAUUUAUGACAAUGAUGAGGAUUCGCUUGACAUUGAAAAAAUUCCUGCUGCUACGGAUGAGGAACUCAUGAGUGGAUUGGACCUGACUAAUGUACCAAAAAGUUUAUCUGAUGUGGUUGAAGUUAAAGAGUCUACCAUUUUAAAUGCUGGUAAUGGAUUAUUUGCCAAAAGAAAUCUUCCAACAUCAACACCUUUAGGAUUUUAUUUUGGUAUUCCAAUGAGUGAAGAUGAAUUUGAUCAACAUAAAGAUGAAGUAGGCAGAUCAUCACAUUAUUCAAUGAGAUAUAAGAAGACAAUACUUGAUGCAACUGAUGAUAAUGGCGAGCCAUUCACUAAUCCACAAGGAAAAAUUUUUUGUCCUUUCCAUUUUAUGAAUGAAGAUCCAUUUGGUAAUAUGGUGUUUAUUGAAGGAAGCACUGUCAACCAAGUUAUAUGUUUGACAAAACGUGAAAUUAAAAAAGGAGAAGAGCUUUUUGUAUAUUAUGGUGGUGAGGUUGACAGAGAGCAUUGGGGCCGGGCUGUAAUAAAUGGUGAUUAUAGUCGAAAUAAUUUUGAUAAAAAUUCUGAAGAAAACCAAGAAACAGAAGAAAAAAUGGAUAUAAGCGAUGAUGAUACCGUGGAAUCACCAACAAUGCCAAAUAAUAAAAAUAAAAGAAAUAAAAGAGAUGAUGAUGAUUAUAAAUAUAAUGUAAGCAAAAAAUCAAAGGAUAAAGUAAAGAAUGAUUAUGACAAUAAUAGAUCAUCAACAUUUCAAGAUAACAACAAUGAUGAAAGUGACAAUAGUAAUUGUAAUAAUGAUAUUAGUAAAAACAGUAAUUAUAAAGGAACUACUAAACGUAAAACAAUGAAUUCUAUUGAUGAUGAUUCAAAACCGGAAGUUAAAACAGGUGAUGAUAACCGAAACAAUGAAAAUAAUUCAAAUGGACAUCAAGAUGCUGAUAAUCAAGAAGGUGAUCAACCAAUUUUCAAAACAAGAAGAAGGGUUUUAAGAAGUAGUAAAGAAAUUAUAAUACGUGUUCAAAAAUCACCAACUAGAUAA